AUGUUUCAGAUAAUCUUCUACGAAGAUCGGAACUUCCAGGGCCGCUCAUAUGAGUGCAGCAGUGACUGUGCUGACCUGCACUCCCACUUUAGCCGCUGCAACUCCAUCCAGGUGGAGAGCGGCUGCUGGAUGGUCUACGAGCGCCCCAACUUCAUGGGGUACCAGUACUUUCUGCAAAGAGGCGAGUACCCAGACUACCAGCGCUGGAUGGGCUUCAAUGACUGCGUCAGGUCCUGUCGCAUCAUCCCUCAGCAUCAAGGAUCUCACAGGAUCAGGAUCUAUGAACGGUCAGACUUUGGAGGCCAGAUGAUGGAGCUGACAGAUGACUGCCCAUCCCUCUAUGACCGGUUCCACUACAAUGACAUUCACUCCUGCAACGUCAUGGAUGGCUACUGGCUCCUCUACGAACAUCCCAAUUAUAGGGGCAAACAGUAUCUGCUGAAACCUGGUGAAUACAGGCAAUACAAUGACUGGGGAGGUCUCAGUUCCAGGAUUGGGUCAAUCAGACGCAUUACUCAUGCCAACUGA